AUGAGGCCAUCUCUACGCUCAUCUUUCCCUUCUUCUUCUUCUUCCUCUUCUUCGUUCGCCUCCCUCUUCCCUCCCGCGCUGGUCCUUCUGGCUGUCUUCUCGACUGUUGCUCGCGCCGUCACCCUCGCUGUCUCGCCCUCAAACAGCUCCCAGGAUCUUACCUGGACCGAUCGCGUGCGGUUUCGUCUCGAAAGCAGCCAACUGUCUCUGCCGGUCAGCGUCAGCCUUGCUCCAUUGACUCCCCCGUUGGUCUAUCUAAGUGAGAACCGACUCGCCUCGUUCAAUGUCACCGGUCCACUGGUGGCUGUUGACUCGUCCAAUUUACUCACCCUCGGAGAUCAGGAUAUUGCCUUUGUGUCCUGUGACAGCUCGGCUUACCCUGGGAACCUGAACGCUAGCCAGACGCUGGUCGAUGUGCUGACCGCGCAGAAUCCCCCCGACGCCGUUCUCCUCUACAGUACCCAGUCUAGCCAUUGCGACCUCACGACUGACAACAGCAACAACAACAACAACAACAACAACAACAACAACAGUACGGGCACAGCCUCGUAUUCCAAUAUUCUGACGGUCUUGAAUGCCACCCAGGCCCGCGAGAUCUAUACCCAAUUAUCCGCUGCGUCUGGGAACGUCUCGGCCCAAGUCGUUGCCAACAUGUCGAUGGUCACUCCCAGCUCGACCUCUCCGUCGGAUAGCACGACCGGCACCCCAAAUACUGGUGCGUCGUCGUUCACUAGCAGUCAUGUGUCUCCCUCACCAACCACUGCAGUAGCUAUGAUCAUCCUGUACAGUAUUACGGGAAUUAUCACCGCCCUCUUCCUGGGCAUCAUCAUCACCGGUGCCGUCCGCGCCCAUCGCCACCCCGAACGCUACGGCCCCCGCAACGCCCUCGGCCGUCCACGGCAAAGUCGAGCCCGCGGCCUAGGUCGAGCCAUGCUCGAUGCCAUCCCCAUCGUGAAAUUCGGCGAUCCCAACGACGCCAACUCCGACGCCGUCAAGCGCGACGUCGAGAUGUCCCUCUCCUCCGAAGAUCAGGCAAGUUCGCAUGUCGCAGAGGACCACCAUCACCACACAGAGACUCAGGACUCAGAACAAACAGAAAGCCAACCGGAAGAACCGACGACGGCGCCGACCACAACCACUACCACUUCUGACAUGCAGGAUCAUCAUCAACAAGAUAGUACCACUGAGAGACAGGCGGCUGGCACGCCCACUCCCGGAUCCGACCACCCGGCGGAACUCGCCAACUUCUCCUGUCCGAUCUGUACCGACGACUUCAUCAAGGGGCAGGACUUGCGCGUGUUGCCCUGCAACCAUCAGUUCCAUCCGGAUUGCAUUGAUCCAUGGCUGAUCAACGUGUCUGGCACAUGUCCUUUAUGUCGCAUCGACCUUAACCCCCCCAAACCAGAUGGUGAGGCCGAGAACCACGAGGCCGAAGCCACUCCCGAGACCGCACACGCGGGAUCAGCGUCGACCGCCCCCAACGCCAGCCAGACGCGCCAGCACCGCCGGUUCACGACCUACCUGCACGAGACGCUCAACGCGCGGCGCAUGCGUGACGCCAGCGUCGAGGAACGGCUCGCUGCGCUGCGCAGUGUGCGGCAGGUGAGUCUGGCGAACGGCUCGGACGGUGCCGCGCAGCAGUCGCAGCAGCGCAAUCGGUUGUCUUCUUUUAGGGAUCGGUUCCGUCGGUCAACACUCUCCACUACCGCUACUUAGGUUACCGGAGAGUACCAGUAGUGCCCGGCUUAUGAAAAGUGCACAUUCCUUGGAUAUAUGAUAUAUGGUUCAUGAUUUUUUUUUAUUUUUAUUUUUUUUUUUUUUUGCAUUCAGGCGUUUCAUCCUUGUCAAUAGAUGUAUAUCAAUAUGCAGAGCAUUCUAGGUUCUAUACAUACAUCUAUGUAUACUUGUAAUACCUGUAUACUAUGUAAACACCACCUUACACAUCUGCCCCCUCGGUCUAGCAGAGAUGAUCUGGUCGUCCAGCUCCAUAUCCAUCUGGUCUUCGUUUUCAUUAAUAGUGCUGAACCGCAGGUAUACUUCUGCCAGCAGGAUUUUCAUUUCCAUCGUCGCCAAACUAAUUCGUUAGCUGAUAUUUUUAUAGAAUAGAGAGGGUUU